AUGUUCCUGCGCACAUCGCAUACCAGAAUCGGACGUUCGCUCUCAGCGUCUGCAUCAAGGUGUUUAUCUGGGUCGAACCUCCAGCCCAAGACUCGUGCAUUCUCACGAAUGUUAUCAAAAGCCAAGAGUCAUCCAAAACUACUUCCAUGCAGAGGACAAACGCCAACUUCGUUAUUCUCAACCCAACGGACCCUACAUGAAGACCACAGCCAGCACCUGUGUAGUAUAGAAUCAACAAAGUCCGGCGAACCUACCAUUCACGCCAUUUUCGAGAAAGUAACCGGGACAUGGCAAUACCUUAUUGCCGACCCUGUGUCUUUGUCGGCCGUCAUCAUCGACGCAGUGCUAGACUUUGAUCGUACGACUCAGACCGUUAGUACUCAGACUGCCGAUUCACUAUUGGGCAUGAUCAAGAAGUAUAACUAUCGCAUUUGCAUGGUCCUUGAGACCCAUGUGCAUGCGGACCAUUUAACGGCCUCCUCAUAUUUACAAAGCAAACUGGCUCAAGAUCAAGGCGCAAAGCCGCCUAUCGGUAUUGGAAAGCGUAUCUCGCAGAUUCAGACUCUCUUUGGCCAGCGAUAUAUGGUUCCAGAGGCUGAAUACAAGAGUGCUUUUGGGAAGCUAUUUGAUGAUGAUGAAGAAUUCAAAAUUGGUGAAUUGACCGCUACGGCCAUACAUCUCCCCGGUCAUACACCAGAUCACCUUGGAUAUCGGGUAGGAGAGAAUGUGUUCUGUGGCGACUCUAUCUUUCACGUAGAUAUCGGAACAGCCCGCUGUGACUUUCCCGGUGGAAGUGCUCACGACCUCUUUCAGUCUGGAAUGAAGCUGCUAAGUUUGCCUGAACAAGUCAGGAUAUGGAUGGGACACGACUAUCCUUCGCCAGACCGCGAGAAGCCAAAAGCAUGGAUGAGCGUCCAAGAGCAUAGAGAGCAUAACAAGCAUUUGAAAAAUGGCAUGACCCUGAAUGACUACAUCAGCCUCCGAGAGAAGCGCGAUGCACAGAUGCAGGAGCCCAAGCUACUUCAUCAAUCUUUGCAAGUGAACAUACGAGCAGGAAGAUUGCCAGAGCCAGCAAUAUCAGGACAUCGAAUGCUCCAUCUUCCGCUAAGAUUUCAAGGCGUUCAUUGGGAUGGAGCCGAGUUUGUCAAGAGAAAUCGCCGAAUCCAAGCAAUGACCAGCAGUCGUAUUAGAAUCCAGAACGCUGGAACAAGGGCAUGUCGCCUUCUCAAUUCCUCGAAGAAACGGAGCCGAGGUUUCUCAACUAGCCCUAUUAGCUCUAACUCAUGGGAUCAUAAAGUUGUUGUGAUCGGAGGUGGCUCGGCCGGCUUAGCCAUCAGCCAUCAGCUUCUACGUUCAGGGAAAUUCGCCCAGAAUGACAUUGCUGUUGUUGACCCUGCGACAUGGCAUCACUUCCAGCCCGGGUGGACACUUGUUGGAGGAGGCCUCAAGACCAAGGAGCAGUUGUCGAAGCCGCUCGCAAAUAUGAUUGAUCCCAAUAUUAAAUUUUACAAUGAGGGUGUGGCGACGUUCAUGCCGAAUGACAAUCAAAUCACACUACAAGAUGGGGACAAGCUUUCAUAUCAGCAGCUUGUUGUUGCACCUGGUAUAAAGAUCGAUUACAACAGCAUCCAGGGCUUGCCAGAGGCUCUUGCAAACCCAGAUUCCCAGGUGUCGUCCAUAUAUGGCUAUGAAACCUGCGACAAAGUCUAUCGGAGCAUACAGCAAUUGAAGAGCGGCACGUCCAUUUUCACCCAGCCUGCUGGCAUUAUCAAAUGCGCCGGAGCACCCCAGAAAAUUAUGUGGCUUGCAUGGGACUAUUGGAAGAAGAGAAAUCUGUACCAGGCGUCGGGCAAUUCACAGAUUAAGAUGAUCUUCGCAACCGGUCUUCCUACAAUGUUUGGUGUUCCAAAAUACAACGCGAAGCUUGAAGAAUUACGACAGGAAAGGGGCAUUCAAGGCUGCUUUCAGCAUGACCUUCUUGCUAUCGACCAAAAUACAGCAACAUUUGCCCUCCCCGACGGCAAAGGACAGGUCAAAAAACAUUUUGAUUUCCUUCAUGUGGUACCUAAAAUGGGGGCGCAUGAUUUCAUCAAAAAUAGUGCGCUAGCUAAUGAGGCUGGCUAUGUGGAUGUCAAUCCUGCUACUACGCAGCAUAAAACAUAUGCUAAUAUCUGGUCUGCUGGCGAUGCCUCUAGCAUGCCUACAUCCAAAACAGCGGCAGCCAUCACUUCUCAAGCCCCUGUGUUGGUGAAUAAUCUCUUACAUGCAAUGGAUGGGAAUGAUUCAAGGUCAACAUAUGAUGGCUACACAUCUUGUCCUCUGUUGACAGAAUACGGAAAGGUUCUUCUCGCCGAAUUCAAGUACGGGGGAGAGCCUAAGGAGACAUUCAGCUGGCUGGGUAUUGAUCAAGUUACACCGCGUCGAGCAUUCUAUCACUUGAAGAAAGAUUUCUUCCCAUGGGUAUACUAUAAGCAUAUGGUGAAAGGUACAUGGGCCGGUCCGAAGGGCUGGCUUAGCUAA